UUUUACAAUAAUUUAUUAAUAACACUUUGUUAAAUUUCUUUUUAAAGAAGGAUGUCAGGAAGAUAAAACCAAAAAACAAAUCAAUUCUUUUUUUGUUUACACAUUUUAUACCAAAGCUUUUCAUGAAUUCGCAUUACAAAGCAUUGCAACUUGAGUUUUCUACCAAAAUUUCUUCAGGAGAAAAUAUGAAAAUAUGUCUGGAACAAUUUUGAGAAAUUUGAUUUCUGUAAGAAGAUCUGUUAUCAAUCUAGGUUCCAGACAUGUUUCCUCAAAUAGCAAUAGCUUUGGAGGCUACCGAUCAAACAUUUAUAAGUGGUACUGGUUGUUUAGUGGAACGGGAAUUGCAAUUGGAUAUUUUGCCUUAAAAAGUCUUAAGAGCCAAAAUCAAAUUUAUGCCCUUCAGCAGCGUAAGGAUGAGUUGGCAGAAAAGGCUAUAAAAUUAACAGCACGAGAGAAACGUUUCAUAAAAUUUGCAUCUGUGGAAUUCGAUGGUCAAAUUUACUGCACACCACAAGAUUUCAUAGAGUCGGUAGUUGAACAAGAACCACGUCCGAGAUUAAAAAGAAAAGUUUUAACAGCUCAAGAAAUUCAACAGCUGAAGGAAAUUACGCCACCUCUAAAGCAUGGAUCUCCAAUGCUUUUUAGAAAACUUCGUGACAAUGGAAUUAUCAGCUACACAGAAUAUUUAUUCUUACUCAGCGUAUUGACAAAACCACAAUCGGGCUUCAAAAUUGCUUUUAAUAUGUUUGACACUGAUGGUAAUCAAAGAGUUGACAAAUCCGAGUUUCUUGUGCUACUUGCAUUGCUGUCGACCUCAGCACAGGCCAAAUUUUUAUUACGCUCUCAUGAGCGAUCCAAGUUAGAAAAUGAUGACGGUGAUAAAAAAGCUGAAACAAAAAAAAAUCGCGGUUUUAUGGAAAAAAUUUUCAGUUUCGCAUGGAAAGGGAAACGUGGCUUGGAUACAGAAGUGCAAGAAGGAUCUGACGAUCAUUAUGUAGAUGAUGAGCAAGGUCUUCAACGUAAACAUAAAGUUGAUACAACACUCCAAAUUCAUUUCUUUGGAAAAAAGGGCAACAAAGAUCUUGAGUUCGAUGGAUUUUAUAAAUUCAUGAAAAAUCUGCAGACAGAAGUCCUUGAACUUGAGUUCCAUGAAUUCUCAAAAGGUCAUGAAAAAAUCUCAGAGGUUGAUUUUGCUAAGAUUUUACUUCGUUACACUUACUUGGAUACAGACGACUAUGACAAUUAUUUGGAUCGUUUGUUAGACAGAGAAGCCAAGGAAAAGGGUGUUUCAUUUGAAGAGUUUCGUCAGUUUUGUCAGUUCUUAAAUAAUCUUGAAGAUUUUUCUAUUGCUAUGAGAAUGUACACAUUAGCAGAUCGUUCAAUCUCAAAAGAUGAGUUUGCACGUGCUGUAAAAAUUUGCACUGGUUCGCCUCUUAAUGAACAUUUGAUUGAUACAGUUUUUGCUAUAUUUGAUGAAGACGGUGAUGGACUUUUAAGCUAUAAAGAGUUUAUAGCAAUUAUGAGGGAUCGAUUGCAUCGAGGGUUCAAAGUGAGUAACUUCAAAAUUUAUGAAAAUCUCCUGGAUGAAGGACAAGGAGACGGACGAUUUUUAUCUGUUAUGAAAUCUAGAGCGUGUCGUAGACUCAGUGGAUAUAUGAGACACUUUUACAAUCGUGUGUGACAAAUCACUUAAUGACAGUGAUCAUUACGCUUAAGUUUUUAUUUAUGCUAUUUUUUUACAUUUUACAUUAUUUUUUGUAUCUUAUGCUUCAUGAGUGUGACUAGCUUAUGUUUAUUUUACAAAUUCAUGUUCAGUGUUUUGCUAAUAAUUAAUUAAAGAUCUAAUGAAUUUUUCUCCCCAUUUUAUUCUCUUUUUGCAAUUUUUCUUCAAAUAUUUUACAGUCUACAGCGAAGGCAGAAGGCUGGCAAGCUUUCAAAAGCUGCUUAAAACAAGAAAUGAAGACAAACAUAUAGAAAUACUUACCAAAGAAUAUUCUCUAUAAUAUUUAUUUAAGUAUUUUCCAACCUUGUUUUGUUUCCAACAAUAUUUUUAUCUAAAUAUUCUCUUUCAAAGUUCCAAAGUUUUGUCUGCUUAAAAGUGAAAAGAUAUUUAUUGUAAUAACAAUUUCUUUGAUCACAUUAAUAUGGAAUUAUCAUUUGUUUAUUUUAAAUUCAGAAACGUGUUACCAACUUACGAGAAUUAAAAUUCGUGUUAUUUUAAAAUUCAAUGUUAUUAUCUAAAAUAAUUUGUUAUGUUUUAUUCCAUUGAAUUAAUUAAAUAAAAAAUAUUAAUAGAUGUCUA